AUCCAGUCGUUUUGGAAACGAAGGAAGCCUCUACCAAGCUGUUUGCUGUGAAUUUUUGUCUGAAUUUUGACCUUUCUUGCGGCUAGAUGGCUGGAGAUCGAAUACAUCUAAAGCUGGAUAGUACUGCUGCGGCUUCUAUAGAUCAAUACUUGGAAUAUCGAAGAAUUGUUGGGGAUGACGACGGAGGAAAACUCUUUACUCCUGAAGAAUAUGAAGAGUACAAGAAAAAAGUUCUGCCACAGAGAAUGAAGAACAGGCUGUAUGUAAGUUGGACAGCACCAAACGGUAUGGACUGCAAGAUGGUCGGCCCUGAAACAAUGUGUUUCUGCAAUCACAGGUACAAACAACACAAAACUGAUUAUGAGACACUACCGCAAAUCAGACCGAUCCCAGUCCCUUGCCGUGUUAGUGGCUGUAAAUGUAAGAGUUACCACUAUGUACCAAAGAACGGCACCCAGCCAAUCAGAUGUCAGUGUAAACACUUUGCUGAUGAUCAUUCCGAGGUGGUACCAUACAAGUGUUCAAAAGGAUGUGCAUGUAAAAAAUUCAGAAGUUCUUACACUUGUGGCUGUGGAGAACCAACUUAUGCUCACAAGACAAUUGUUGAAACAAAAGAAGAACGCAUAUCUCGUGGCCACCCAACAGGCCAUGAUGUGCCUUAUGCUGCCAUGGGUGGAAUCACAGGGUUCAGUUCACUGAUGGAUGGCUACAUGCGCUUGGAUGACAGUGGAAUUGGCCCACCACCCUUGCAUAUGUUGGAGCAGCCAGUAGGACCUAAUGACCACCCUUUCCUCAGAGCACAAGCUGGUCUGGCUGGGCUGUCAUUAGAGGAUGGAAUGGGUGCUGGUGCAGGACAGGUGGCAUGUAGAACCACUGAGGAAGAGGACAUGGCCUAUUUUGAGAAGCGAUACCAAGCCAGACUGAAGGCAGAAAAGGAACAGUCUAGAGUGCAGCGAUCACCACAACCUAAGAGGUUGACAGGGCCAGGCACUACACAGCAGAGCACAGGGAGUGCUUCCAGGAAGACUGGCCCUAGUAAGAUGAAAUCAGCAACCAAGCCUGUAUCCUCUCGAAGCCUUGUAUCCCAAACUGGAAGGCAGAGCAACAGAUGAUGAAACAUCUUGAGGGGAUAACUGGCGUAGAGAGAAAGUGUGUGUAGUGGUGUGUCUAAGAUGGGGGAGAAAGGUUUUUGUCUCUCACUUGAUGUGUCCCAUGCUCUAAUAACCCCCUGGAAGGAGAGGGCUCAUAAAUUACUUGGGCUUACAAGAGAGAGGGGCUUAUUAUGGAGGGGGGCUUCUAGGAGGGCGGGGGGGCUUAUGAGAGAGGGGUGUAUUAGAGAGGAGGGCGUAUUAGAGAGGGCUUUUUAAAGUAGGGGGCCUAUUAGAGAGGGGGUCUUACACAACCUUUUAGGAAGGGCUUAUUAGAGCAUUUACUGUAAGCACAAGUAACUGUUGUAAGACCAAAAAAAAGCUAUUCAUAAAUAUUUCUUACACCCCAUUACACAAGAAAUGAAAUACAAGGUCACUAAUUUAUUGAAGUAUUUAUACACAUACAUUUGCACUUACAUUGACUUUCUUAACGCUUUUUUUAAAUGAAUGUAAUAAAAACACAAAAGAAAAUAAAUUACAAUACUGCUUCUACAUGAUUUGCAAGAUCCUAACAUGAGAUAAGCUACUAAUAAUUAGUCUUCUUCACAACUUUUGCACAACUUUUGCGUGAUUCCAUGUUAGUUCUUGGACAAUUCGACUGUCAUGCUAAAGUUAAUACAUGAGAUCUCUAUGUAGUUAAGGGUGUUAAGUUAUUCAGUCAGAGCAGUUGAACGUAACUAUAAAAAUUUUACCGACCUAAAAUAUGUAUGAUCAAUACAAACCUUGCUGCUCAGACACAAAUCUAAUGUGGAAAGCGAAGUAUUU